AUGCAGUGGGACAGUACAGUGAAUGAAAAUGUAGACUACAUUUUGGGGACUAAACGACUGUGCGACAGUGUUGGGGGCGAUGAGUGCGUCGUUGCUCUCCCUGGUCGUAGUGAUGGAAAGAUAACUAGGAUAUCAGUUGUUGAAGCCACCCCGCGAGCCGAGGGCACGACGGAAACCACACACGUCCCUAAACUUUCCCCUUUAGAAGAAGUUAAGUUUCCGUCAUUUAACACCCGAUGCACACCCAAGGACCUCAUCCGUGCUAUGAGUGAAUUCAAUGUACAACAAAGACAGGCCGUAUCCGACAUGGGAAUGGGCGGUAUUUUGUGUUUGGAAGUUAAUGAGAUCCCAUUGCGACUAGGGUGUUGGUUGGUUAGUGUGUUCAACCCUAACAAGCUCACACUAAAUGUCCAGCGCGAGAUAGCUCUACCAAUUACAAGAGAAGAUGUUAGUGCUGUUCUGGGGCUCCCAUUAGGGUCAACAGAGGUAGUGUGUCGGCCUAGUCAAAAAGUGGGGCCAGAGUUGAGGGAAUGGCGGGCCAAAAUUGGAAAGCGAGACAGCACAAUAACCUUGAAGAAGCUAGAAGAAGUGGACAAGAUACGGGACUUAGACUGGUGUGGGUACUUGCUUAAACGGUUAGUCAAAACUCACCAUGAUUGGGCAGAAGACAAGAUGCAACGUUUUACGGGGCCACUCUUAUUCCUAUUGUUGUUCUACAUAGACAGAGUAGCGUUGGGCCCUCGGGUAAUUCCUAGGAGUGUUCCUGCCUUAAUUGGAUGGACUGGAAAGCUUUUGAAGGAGCGUGAGUCUGCUGAGAUUCGAGCGGGUGGAUUUGGGAUUGGUUGUGUGCUUGAACCGUUGCGGGAUGUGAUUGAAAUAGAAGAGCACGAGGCUUUGGGCGGCAGUACAAAACAGGGGUUUUCCGAGCUUUUAAAGGCCAAAUCAAAACUCAUAGUUUCCACUGUGGAAGAAUUGAUCGCGAUGGCGAAGGAAGCCCCAGAUGGGACGUUCGAAAACCCACACUUUAAAGAGGCGCUUGAUGCUACCGAGAAGUUGUUCGGCAUGAGACGAAGCCAACAACCACUGACUAUACAGACCGGCACACAAGACGAUGAAGCAUUCUGGGUGGAGACUAUCGCUGUAGCUGAUGAGAUUGAGGUUGGAUACAAGACAACUGAGGAGGGGUUUGAACCACCUAGCUUUAGUUUAGGCUUGACACAAGAGUUUGGGGGGCCACAAUUGGGUGUCUUAAUCCAGAAUCCACCAGAAUGCACAGGGGGUGAGAAUGCUGGCAGUUUAGAUAUAUCAUCUAGUGGGGGUGAAUUGGGUGGUGUGGUCAGCGAUGCACGUGGUGACAAUAAAAUCAAGGUCAGUGUGUUAGAUUUCCAGAAUUCUUUUUGUCUGUGGUGCUAG